CUUUUAAUCAUUGUUGCCAGACCUUUUGUUUCACAUUAAAAUGACAGAUUUUGAGGUAGAUUUGUCUUUUCUAAAUUACAGAGAUGAUGAAGAUACAGCCAGAGAUGCAGGCAUCUACUGGCAGUAUUUUUCUAAGAAAUUCCACUCGCCUGCCAUGGACAACAUGCUUGAGUGGGCCAAUAUAACCAGAUUUGUGCCACCCAAGAGCAUCAAACCGACCUUUGCCGACUUACCUAGGUUCAAGGAGUGUCUGGCCAGCAUGUGUCGGUCUGAGGAUGAACGGAUUUGGAAGCAGUUUGGAAAAAUUUACCAUAGCAAAUGGGAGCAGGCUGAGGAGAUUAACAAAAGCAGGGAGAUGAAGAGGAGGCACGUCCAGUUUUUACAUGAAAGAGCUUGGAAACAGAAGGAGGCUCGCGACCAGGCAAUCCAGCGCGUCAAAGACAAGUACUUCUGGGCAAAGAACAAAAUCGACAGAGCCGAGUACGCCACCUUCUUCGUUACUCCUGCUCGGCCGAAAAUCCAAACGUUCAACAGCGAAACGCACAAAGCGCACCUGAUCACGCGGAGGAAGACUUUGCAGGAGGUCUUCCAAGACUUGAUGGACUGGCAUUACGCCGAGAGUGGAAAUGAGGAAAAUGCGAGGGUGGAGGCAGAGAUGUGCUUGGCAUUAAAGGACAAAUGUUUAAAUUUGAGAGAGAUUGAUCUGACCGUUCCUGCAACAGCAAGGGGUGUCAGCGACCCUGAUUUUGACCAGAAAGCUUUGGGGGAGAAGGUGGAGGACAGAGUCAUCCUGCCGAAGAGAGUGGAAGCUCUUGAAGAAAUUCAGGCCCGUUGGUCCGAAGCAUUAGAGGCAAACUUGAAGUCUGGGAAAGAGAGAUUCCUGGCGAAUGACGAACUUGAGGAAAGCAAACCAGCUAGGGUGGACCAAGAGCGGCCGAACGACGAUGGCUUCGACGUGUUUCAGGUAAUGGAGGCGUGGGUGAGGAAAUACUGCGGCGAAGUGGACCUUCAAACGCGGGAAGCCCUUGAUGGGACAAGGAGUCUGGGACGCAAGGACUUAGGCACGGACAGGCCUGUCCUUCAGCAGGAAGAGGACAGCAUGCUGCUUCAGGCCGAGACGUGGAAACAAGAGGAGCUGUACAGGAGGAAGGACGAGUUUUGGGAAAAAUUCAAGUGCCUGGAGGAACAGUACAAAGUGUUUUGCUGGUUGCCGACCGUGGACAUAGUCAAGGACUUCAUCUGCAGAGAAAACCUCCUGCUAGAACCAAAGUAUGAUGUGCAAGAGACGGUUACGCAGGUGUCCAUUCUGACUUUCAUCUACCUGAACGAGGGAAUGAGCAAGGAAAAGGUCGAGGAGUACGCUGACAAAUUUCUCAACUCAUGGAUACGUUUACAAGAUCCAAAAUCCAUCCCAAGCCAACUUAACGGAUUGCUGAUGCGCGAGUUUCUAGAGCAGGCGAUCGCCCUGACCAGGGAUAACUACCCGCUGCUUGGAACCUGGGAAAAGGUUCGCCAGGUCUCCCUGGCUAUCCUGAAGACAACUGCUGAUCCAAAUACCAGAUUCAAUUUCCACACGCGCCUCAGGUCUACAAUAUAAAUUCACAAGCAAAUUAAAU